AUGAAUACCGGUCGUGAGUUUUUGAAACCCGUCAAUAUCUACCCGGAAAAGCCAGAAGAUGCGCGACCUACUCCACGAUAUAAACCAGCUCCGUCUUAUACGCCACCGCCCGUACAAGACCCAUUUCCAGCAUUGGCGACGUCAAACCCACCUCCUAUCCCGAUAUAUAAUGUUCCCGAGAAGGAUAUAUGGCUUAAAUACGGACUAGAAGUUGCGCCGCCGUUGUUGAUUGGAUUCACUCGAUCUUGGCCUAUGCUACUACAAACAGUCGUCUCGUACAUCACAGCAGGUUGGCCAGCGGAGCAGAUCUAUGUUGUGGAGAAUACCGGUAUGCAGCAGGCCAAUGCGCGCGGUCAGCUAGGUCUCCAGCAUCCGUGGUAUCUUAACCACACGUCUUUGAGACGUCUUGGAGUAAAUAUCGUUCAGACGCCGGUCUUGUUGGGCUUUGCGCAGCUGCAGAACUUCUACCUCUCGCUGUCCUAUGCUAACAAAUGGCCGUACUACUUCUGGAGCCACAUGGAUGUCCUUGCGCUGGGCCACGAGAACGGAUAUGAGGGGCUCACGCCGCCCGCCGGCGAGCCGGGCUACAAGAGCCUAUAUACGUUAUGCCUCGAGGAACUCAACCGCACGAUGGAGACGGACGAAAGGUGGGGGUUGCGAUUCUUCGCGUACGACCAUCUCACACUGCAGAAUCCGAAGGCGAUCGAAGACAUUGGCGGAUGGGACACAUUGAUCCCGUAUUAUAUGACGGAUUGUGACACUUACACCCGUCUGUACAUGCGAAACUGGACGCAGAAAGAUGCCAACUGCGGAGUUAUAACCGAUACCUCUGUCACGCUCAACGACCUCCUCGCUUUGUAUCGAGAUCCAAGUAUAACGCCGGAUUUCCGUGACCCGAAUCCACCACCGCCGCCGCCACCGCCGCCGUUACCGUCUCCGAAAGGUAGCGAGCAGAAAAGGGACGCAGGACUCAUUUCCCGCGAGCCCGCCGACCCUGUGGAAUAUUGGAAAGGGUUGCUUAGCGUCGCGGAGCGCAUGCGAAACUACAAGAACGGCGAUCGCGGGCGAAAUACGUGGCAGUCUGGCCAGCGCGGAGGCCAGGGCGAGCCUUUCUACUACGACUCGGGGGGAUUCACGGAGGCGCUUGACGUGCUGACGGAGGCGGGCAAAGAAGUAUUCCGCCGGAAAUGGGGCCACUUGGACUGCGAUCUGAUAGUCGGAGGUGGUCUCAAGUUCGAAGACCAGUGGCAGGUCUUACGGGACUGGGAGAACUGA